AUGCAAGAUGUGUGUCCGUCAGACGUGUCGGAACUAUUGCUGAUAAAAACCUCCAUGAUAAAAGUGAUAAGCUUCGUUAUGGACAACUCUGUCGCAUUCAAACAACUAACUAACUGGGUUUUCAUUAGGAAAAAGAGCUCUAAAACGUUGAUGAUAGUGAUAUCUCCUCACACAGACUCAAUCAGGAAAUCUGGACAAACGUCAACAAGAAAAACACAGACCUCAAUUAGUGGCCUUAUAUUCUGGAAUCUACAACCAUAUGCAGGAACAAUCACGCGAACUCCGUUUUUGAAGCUGGUUCUCAUUGACAGUAUCCAGACUUUCCUUGGUCGUUUUCAUAUCCCUCCGCCAGCUCCAAGAUUGACCAACUAUCUACUUUUUUCUCAUUACCCUGUUGUGGACUUGCUAGCACCAGCCUUCAACGAACUAGCGUCUCAGGAGAGCGCGAGAUGGUUCAAGUGGUUAGAGUGCAAAUUUACUGACCGAAAGGUCCAUGGUUCGAACCCGACCUCUGCCCCUCGAUUUCUCCUGUCUAGGCUUGGGCAACCUGGUGGUAUCCCAGCUCUCGUGCUUCCUUCGGGUGGCAUAACAGCACCGAAAGGGUGCUACAGCUGGACGGAGACCUGUGCUCCGCUGCUAGAAGUCUCACAUCCAGAUGACAAGACAUCCCUCGAUAUGUUUGAACACGCCACUUUGCCACUGACGUCUAAACUAUGCUUAACUCCAAACUGCAGUCGGCUAGAGCAGCUUUUGGGAACCUCCACCACCUGUGGCGUAGGCGUGACAUUAGCUUAUCCGUAA